GCCAGCAGUAUGAGCAAGCAGACUUCAGAGACUGAGCUCCCCUUUUAAUCACAGAAGUUGUUGUUUUCUCUCAGUGUCAGUGGUUGCUGUUUCAGCCUAGGCUUUUAUAUGUAUAUAUUAUUCCUGGACUAACGAAAGCUUGAAGUGCUGCUUGCCCUGCAAUACCAAAUUUAUGGAUGAGGAGACAACUUCAGCUUGCCAGGUGAUAAUUUGGCACCCUUAUGUCAGUGUUAAAAUCCCUACAGCUGUAAAUAUUUAUUUGAUAUUAAAUACACUCCAGCUAACACAUUGUCAUAUUAAUAAAUCUAACCUUAAAUAAAACAUGUGCUCUCCACCUUUUAUUCAGACUAUAAAAAUCUUGAUUCUUGCUCUGUGCAUUCUCAGCUUAUUACUGAGAAAAGCUUGUUUUCUUUUCUAAUACAACAUUCUGCUUCUUGUAUUUCACCUCUUACAGCUUUUGCAAAGUUUUGGUUUGCUAGGACAAGCACGGUGAGGGCAUUAGGACCAAGAGAAAGACGCACACAUUGCUCUGUAUUAUGUCUGGCAAAGUGCUUCCUGACUGAGUGCUGUAGUUAUGUGUGAAACAAAGUCAGGGACCGACUACUUCUCAUCUGUUGAUCACAGUUAACUUGAAGCCUCAGAACGGGGGAGAGCUGUCAGAUCUGCUUUCAGAGAUACAGUGCUUCAAUCCAGGCAGCAUUGGAAACUUUGAAGAAGCAGGAUCUACUCUGGAAGGAAACUAUGAGAAACGGGACUUCUUUCAACUUAGAAUUUUAAAAGGGGAAAAAAAAAUCAAAGCUUUAGCUACUCUUUCAAUCAGCAAAGCAUGCACUUUCCUAGCUAAGCUGUGACUCCGUGUAAUAAAGGAUCUACUUUAUCUCACUGGAUCCAUGCUACGUUUUAUUACAUAUGUUCUUGAGGAAGAAGUGCAGAUAUGGAUCACGUAAGCUGCAGUUUCUCUUGUUGUUUCUGAUGCUGGGUUUUUUGCUACUAAUGGUUACAACGCUGAAUCCACCUCCCAGCAACCAGAGCAAGGAAGGGACUUUCCAGCCUGUGGAGUUCAACCCCCGGGAAGGGUAUCAGAUGGACUUUGUGGAGACCCAAGAGAUGCUGGAAACCCAGGAGGAGAGCCAGCAGUAUUACCCUUUGGAUGGUCUGUCGCCUUUCAUCUCCCUGCGGGAGGACGAGCUGAUCAUGGCCGUCGUGUCGCCCAGCGGCAAAAGGAACCACAGCAAGGCCAGGAAGGGCUAUCGCGUGGUGAAGCAGCAGAGCCGGCGGCCGGAGGGGAAGGCAGAGGGGGGCCCCGAGUCGCGGCCGCUGCCCCUUCCCCUGCAGGACGGGCGAGCGGCUGCUGCGGGGCAGCGCCCGCUCGGCCCGGGGGCGCACGGCUUUAACGCCGAGCUCAGCGAGCGGAUCGCGCUGCGCCGGGACCUGCCUGAGGUACGGCACCCGUUGUGCCUACAGCAAAAAUAUGACUCCAGUCUGCCUACUGCUAGUGUCAUCAUCUGUUUCCAUGAUGAAGCCUGGUCUACUCUGCUGAGAACUGUGCACAGCAUUAUGGAUACAGCCCCAAAGGCCUUCCUCAAGGAUAUCAUCCUAGUCGACGAUCUCAGCCAGCAAGGGCCCCUGAAGUCAGCUCUGAGUGAAUACAUCUCUAAGCUGGAUGGUGUGAAGCUCAUCCGGAGCAACAAGAGGCUUGGAGUCAUCCGAGGUCGGAUGCUAGGAGCUGCAAGGGCUACUGGGGAUGUGCUCAUCUUCAUGGAUUCCCACUGCGAGUGUCAGAAAGGCUGGCUGGAACCCCUCCUGGCCAGGCUCUCCAGCAGCCGAAACAGUGUCGUCUCCCCUGUCAUAGAUGUCAUAGACUGGAAGACCUUUCAGUACUAUCACUCUGUGGGCUUGCAUCGAGGUGUUUUUGAUUGGAAAUUAGAUUUUCAUUGGGAACCAGUGCCAGAGCAUGAAGAGAAGGUACGACAGUCUCCCAUCAGCCCUAUCAGGAGUCCUGCAGUAGCUGGUGCAGUGGUGGCCAUGGAUCGCCAUUACUUCCAAAAUACUGGAGCUUAUGAUUCUGACAUGACCAUGUGGGGAGCAGAAAACCUGGAACUAUCUAUUAGGACAUGGCUCUGUGGUGGCUCUGUAGAAAUUAUCCCAUGCUCCCGAGUUGGGCACGUGUAUCGAAGUCGCUUCCCCCAUAGUUUCUCCUAUGAAGAGGCCAUUGUGAGGAACAAAAUCCGAAUAGCAGAGAUCUGGCUGGGCUCCUUUAAAGAGAACUUCUACAAGCAUGACACAGUGGCUUUCUUAAUCAGCAAGGCAGAGAAGCCAGACUGCAGUGAGCGCCUUCAGCUUCAGAAGAGACUGGGCUGUAGAAAUUUCCAGUGGUUUCUAUCAAAUGUGUACCCUGAACUCUCCCAGCCUGGAGACACACCAAGACUCUCUGGCAAGCUUUACAAUACUGGCACUGGCUUCUGUGCAGAUUACAGGCCUGGAAGAGCUACUGCAGAAGGGUCUAUUGAACUCUCCCCUUGCAGUGACAGUGUCACCCAGAACUUUGAAUAUAACAUGAAGGAAAUCUUACUUGGUUCUGCUCCACUGCUUUGCUUUGAUGUCAGACACGGGAAGGUUGUCCCUCAAAACUGUACAAAGGAGACAGAUAACAGCAACCAGCACUGGGAUGUCCAGGAGAAUGGAAUGAUUGUCCAUGUCCUGUCUGGCAAAUGCAUAGAGGCAGCAAAGAGUGAAGAUGAGAAGGACUUGUUUCUGUAUGCGUGUAACAAGAAUGCAAAUCAGGUGUGGCAAUUUGAACGUUCCCAUGGGCUACGUCAGAGGUGACUGGCAGGUCGCUACAGAAGUCAAGUCUCCAAAGUUUAACAUUACUUCUGCUUGGGAUUUAAGAUGCAUUUCCUGCAAGGACAAGAAAGAUGUUUGUGUUUGCUGUAGCAUGCAAGGAAGUCAGGAAUGUCUCUUGUUUAAAAGCCUGGCUCCUGGUUAAUCCAGCUCUAGCUAAAAUUUCUAUUUAUUCUGUGAAGCAGGGAAUAGAGAAAUUGUGAGAAUCAAUAAAUUCUCAACUCUGCUAUUGCAGAAGACAUUUAGGUUUGCCCUUUGAUGGAAACAUGGAAAAUUGGCUGCCAGACAGCUUGUCUUCAGUAUAUGCUAUGACUUUUGAGGAUACAGGAAAAGUGAGAUUUUUGAAACUGCAAGAGGAUGCCAGCUAAACCAGGGCAGGAGUUUAACCUUGUUUUACAGUGCCCUCAACUCAUAUAAAACAAAGUAGGUUUUGUAUGUAUAAAAGUAAUAAAUGUUUCCACAUGUAAUGGCAAAAAUUUUGUUUUGCAGUUAACCUGAGCCAAAUUUCUACUCUCUGUGAGAUUACACAGAGCAUAAAUUAACACUUAAUUAGGCAUUAAUUGCUCUAAUUGACUUGGACUAUUGACAGUCCUCAGUGUUUGGCACACCCUUCCUUAAAUCCUUAUCCACAGUCUAAUUUGGAUGGGAGAAUGACUGAAAUAUUAAUAACUUUUUUUUUGUUGUUUUUUUUUUUUUUAAUUAUAUUUUAGGACAACUCCUCAGGAAACUUUUGCAGUAGUAAGGAGGGUAACAACUUCUCUGCUUAUUUGGGAAUAGAAAGAAUUGGCAGCAUCCAUUUGCUCUUGUAAAGCCAUGGGAUGAGCUUACUAUUAUUACUAUUAUUAUUAUUAUUAUUACUAUUAUUAUUACAGUAACAGAAGUGCUGGCUGAAAACAGAAAGUGAAGGGAAACAGCCAGUUUCAACAGUGGCUACCUAGGAACAAAAUACUGGUUUUGCUUCCAUUUGCUUGCAGCCUGAGUUAAGUCUUUCAGGCUGUCAGUUUUAGCCAAGAAGAUUGUGUAGAUUCUUGCUGUUGUGGGUCUUCGAGAUGAUCCUGAAAAAAACAAAUUUUCUAAAGAAGUUUCUUCUGUAGAGCCUACAUUGCUGCUGACCUGCUGUCUUUCAAAGGAGUGAAUGAGAGAUGAGGUUAAAUAACAAGAAUGGUCUCACACAAUAUGAACUUAGCCAAGCAAACUUCCACCUCAGUAUCUCAUUAGGGUACUUUCCUUUCCGAAGAUAAAAUCAAUUAAAUCAAUGAUGACACUUCCCAAGAGCCUGCUAAGAGUCUUCCCACAUCAACACCUGAUUUAUAGUAUAACUCUGAUCAACAUCUGAUUUAUAGUAUAAAUCAAUCACAGUCCUAUGUACAUAUUAAAGGGGAAGGGUAUCAUUAAUGAAAUUCAUUUAGGUUUUGAAUUAUUUCCAAGAGACAGAAAAUUGUGGGUUUUUUUUUUAAAUGUACAGCACAUUGUUUAAACUUUAGAGAAUGGAAGGACUAACAGAUUAUUCUGCUUAGAGCCUUCCAGUUACCUGCUCUCAGUAAAUCACAAUAAAUUGGUAUCAAGCAAAACUGAUUACAACAGAGGACACGAAGAGUAUUCUCUGUUGUGUUGUCCAAAACAUCUCCCAGUGUCUAACUCUCUGUCUACUUUGAGUGCUAAAGAUUCCACACUGUGUUAAGACAUCACUCCAAUCAUCUUGAUUACCACUUAUGCUUUCUUUGAUAGCAUCAGAAUCUCUUACUAUUUCUGCUGUAUCAUUUAAAAUCUCCUGAGACAUUCUGGAAAAUGCUUUAAUUUUCAGCUAAGAUGAAGAUAGCAACCUCUUCCAGAACACCAAGUGAUACCUGACCAUUGCCCAAAUCCAGGGUGAGAAAAGAGAAUUUUAAAAAUUGCAUAAAUGCUGUUUUAAUGACAUGUGAUGCUUUUAUUUUAAAUUAUGAGUAUGCCAGGUUUUUAAAUUAUGUAUUAUUUAUUAUAUUUUGGACACCACACUGGGAAUAUAAUUCCUUCAGAAUUUAGGUAAAUGUUAAAAAAAUGUGUAUACAAAUAUGGCAAUUGACCACAAGUGAUAUUUAUCACAAAGAAGAAUGAAAAUAUUUCUGGUUUAGAGAGGAAAUGUUUGGAAUUUCAGAGACAUGGACAUCUUCAUUUACACUACUUUUCAAUAUUGUGAUAAAAACAUAGAAAAUAAGGUUUGCUGUAGAUAUAUGUACCAUAGAAAAAUAUGUUACCUAAUACCUCUUCAAAAAAUAAAAUUAAAAUCUAUGGUGCAGUGCCAUUUAGAAAAUAAUUGUUAAUGCACUUGUUUUACUUACUAACAGAGUAAAUGUAUGUUUGGUUUCCAAGGGAACUAAAUUCCAGAGCAUGGGCCAGAAGGGGACAUGGAUUGUGGAGCACACUUCCCUCUAAUAGAAACAUAACUUAGAACACACAAAUUAAAAAAAAAAAAAAAAAAACCCAAAAAACCACCCAACAAACAAAAACAAACAAACAAAAAAAAACCCAAAGGAAAGCAUCUAUCCCUGUUUUUCCUAUUUUCUUUCCUAUAUGGCUUUUAAAUGGAUUGGUUGGUUGUACCAAUACUGUUUCCUCAUUGUGGUCAUUUAGACUUUGCCCCUGUGGUUACAUCUAUCAGCUACUCUUCUCCUCAUGGAACUGGGCUCAACAAAGAGUGGUGGCUAAGUAUGCUGGUAUAUUUUCUUCAUUUCUACCCAUCUUUCAUUUAAUACUAGCACACAAUGAUGCUUUGAGCACCACAAAACAUAGAAUUACAUUCAGUUCUCUAUUUAGACAUGGUCAACAUUCCAGGUUCCACUAAUUCCCGUGACAGGAGAGAAACGUAAGGACAAAAUGUUUCAGGUAAGAAUUAAACAGUUUAAACUUUGAAGACCUCCAAAUGAGAGCCUCAGGCAAGAGCAAAGGAAUUCCAGCAUAACAAAUAAAUACCUUAUAGUGUAACUCCACCUGUUUCUUUGAAUUUCACAACCCAGGCACAGUGCUUUGAGCCAAACCCACCCAUGAAGCUGAGCUAAAAGGUCAGAUUCAAGAACAGGUCACAUUUUGGUUGACAGCACUUACUAAACAGUCUAGUUUAUUCCUCUCCCAGCUCAUAGAAAAUGGAAAAAAAUAGAGUUGAAAUACUGUUCAGAGUACUUUUAAACUGAGCCCCAGUUGAUGCAGUUGGUGUUGGCCAUAGGCUGGGGUUUGUCCUGUUAGGUGAGGUGCCAUCACUGGCACAGAGAAGCAAUGGCAGAAUUCCUCUCCAUGUGUUAUGCUGAAGUCUAAACGGGGAUGGGAGGUUUACCAACCUUCAUGCUAAAUCCUGUAGCACAGAAAUGUUGAGGGUAUCUCUCAGUCCAGGUGUAAGUGCCUCCAGGUCCUGUCAUGAAGAUGUUCAUUGAGAUGUUAUACUGUCUGCUGAUUGAAAUGCAAUAGCUUCCAUUUCUGAUAUACCCAGGAAAGAAUGGAACUAUGUUCAGGCAUCCUAGACAAGAACAGUAACAGCCCAGGUUUCCAUAACAGCUGGAAGGUGACAUAUGAGUUAGAGCUUUCAGAUGCUGACUUUGUAUCUCAUUUUAACUCAAGCAGUUCUAUUCAAACUGCAAACAUAUUGGAAUAGAGUAAAAAAGGAGUGUUUUGCAAAUAGGUAACAUGUUUUUAAGCUCAUGUUUUUAAGCUAUGCAAACUGCACGUGUCUGCCCUGAAUAAAGUGUAUCAGUGCACAGAGAAACAUA